GACUGAUUUAUUUCAAUGCUUUUAUUUUAUAGAAUAAUUUUCCCCAUCCAGAUUUCACAACUGCCUUUGGAAUCAGUCUUAUGUCUGACUUUGUUUGGAAUCCUAAAUCAAAGUAGUGGAAGUUCUCCUGAUUCAAACAAGCAGAGAAAGGGCCCUGAAAUGUUGGGUCAGGUUUCUCUACCUCUUUUUGAUUUUAGGCGAUUGCUAUCUUGUGGGACAAAGCUCCUGCAACUCUGGACCUCAUUACAUCCGAGUCAUGCUUCAGGGACGGCCAGUAAGAAAGAAAAUAUGGGAAGAAUAGUACUGCAGGUUGAUUUUCCAUCCCAUGCUUUUGAUAUUGAAUAUAAAAUUCCUCAAGCUGCAAAGACUACUGUGCAUCAUUCCAUAGAAGCAUUAGAAAAACCACUGAGAGAACGUCUCCUUGCCAUUCUCUCGAGGGAUAACACUAUUGGGCUUUCAAAAGAAGAUAAAGAAUUUUUGUGGGAGAGGAGACAUUAUUGUCAUAGUCAUACUAAUAGCUUACCAAAAAUACUGGCUAGCGCCCCACACUGGGACUGGGCAAGUCUUCCAGAAAUAUAUUCAUUACUUCAGCAGUGGCCUCCUUUAUCACCCUUAGCUGCACUGGAACUACUUGAUUCAAAGUUUGCUGAUCAGGAGGUGCGAAAUACAGCUGUGAACUGGAUAGAAACGUUAAGUGAUGAUGAAUUAACAGAUUUCCUCCCUCAGUUUGUGCAGGCAUUGAAGUAUGAAACCUACCUGGACAGUGCUCUUGUCAAAUUUCUUUUGGCUCGGGCAUUGGGAAAUAUUCGAAUAGCACACUACCUUUACUGGCUUCUUAAGGAUACAUUAUAUGAUCCAAAGUUUGGCAUAAGAUAUGAGCAAAUUCUUGGAGCCUUUCUUUCAGUCUGUGGGAAAGGGCUGAGAGAAGAGCUGGAGAAGCAGACCAGGCUGGUGCUGCUUUUUGGAAUGGUAGCAGAAAAAGUAAAGCAAACAAGUGUAUCAGGUCGACAGACUGCCUUACAAAGUGGAAUGGAACGUGUGCAGUCAUUCUUCUUAAAGAACAAAUGCCGUUUGCCUCUCAAUCCCAGUCUUGUGGCAAAAGAACUAAAUAUUAAGGCGUGUUCCUUCUUCAGCUCCAAUGCAGUACCUUUGAAAAUUGCACUGAUAAAUGCAGACCCUCUGGGAGAAGAAAUUAAUGUGAUGUUUAAGGUUGGAGAAGAUCUGCGACAAGAUAUGUUGGCUUUACAGAUGAUUAAGAUCAUGGAUAAAAUCUGGCUGCAGGAGGGACUGGAUCUACGGAUGGUUAUCUUCAAGUGUCUCUCAACUGGAAAAGAUCGAGGUAUGGUAGAACUUGUUCCUGCUUCGGAAACACUUAGGAAAAUUCAAGUGGAAUAUGGAGUGACAGGUUCUUUUAAAGACAAGCCUCUGGCAGAAUGGUUGCGAAAGUAUAAUCCUACAGAGGAGGAAUACGAAAAGGCUUCAGAAAACUUCAUUUAUUCUUGUGCAGGAUGCUGUGUCGCUACCUACGUACUGGGAAUUUGUGACCGCCACAACGAUAACAUAAUGCUUCGAAACACAGGGCAUAUGUUUCACAUUGACUUUGGAAAGUUUUUGGGUCACGCACAAAUGUUUGGUAGCUUUAAAAGGGAUCGGGCUCCUUUUGUGCUAACAUCCGAUAUGGCUUAUGUCAUUAAUGGUGGUGAAAAACCCACUAUUCGCUUUCAGUUGUUUGUGGAUCUCUGUUGUCAAGCUUACAAUUUGAUAAGGAAACAUGCAAACCUCUUCCUUAACCUACUUUCCCUGGUAAGCAUUUUUAUUAAAGUUAGUUGAAACUUGAUUUGUAAU